AUUAACCACUAAUAAAAUAAAAUAUUUUUAGUAACCAAGUGUUAAAUUUUCUAGUUACGCCAAUGAUCAAACUUGCAAUUUACCUCCUGGAUUUCCAAACAAAUUCUAUGAAAAAAGGAAAGAGUUCUUCCGCCGGGCUGACGCAGUCGGAUCCACGUCAAACCGCCAAGAAACCCUACCGUCCAAACAGCUCAUUUCGCGGCAUUUUUGCUUCUUCCGAUUCACCGGAGAAGAAAGCAGCAAAGCACAGACAUAGCAAGCAUUCAUCUCGCAUUACCAUCGGCUUCUUCGUAGUGCCGUAAAGAAUUUUCCAGUUUCCACGGGUCUGGAAACCCGGCUUGCCUGGCCAAACCCGCCCCCAAUUUGGGAGGGAAUCGCAUUUCAAAUACUGGAUUUUCGCCGGCACUUCUCCAGAGCCAAAUAACCCUUCCAGUCCACACUCCGGUAGCGGCCGUAUCACUCUCAGCUAGUUAAAAAAGCACUAGCGGAAGUCUGCCUUUCGGGAAAUGGCGACUGCUGCUGCGUUUGGAGUGACGCCGCACAAGGUCUCGGUCUGCGUUCUGCUCCAGAUGUACGCGCCGCCGGCGCAGGCCGAGCCUCUUUUCUCGGUGUCUCAGCACAAUCACCUUGGCUUGUACUUGUUAGCUCUCACUAAGUCACAUGGCGAUUUUCUGGAGCCCAAACUGGCCGACCUUCUGACUCAGUUGAAGGAAAUUAGCGGUUCCUUGGGUGAUUGGUUGAUUGAACAUUUGACGAGUAGGCUCUCUUCUCUGUCUUCACCUGAUGAUUUGGCCGCUCUCUUCAGUGAAUUUCGAGGGAUACUUGGUGGAACCGAACCUGCUGUUAUUGAAGACAAUCAAGUUGUUUUGGACCCAAACAGCUACCUGGGGAUGUUUGUCCGUCGUUGCAUACUUGCUUUUAACCUCUUAUCGUUCGAGGGUGUCUGCCACCUUUUGACAAAUAUUGGAAAUUACUGUAAAGAAGCCCUCUCAAGUUGCCUCCCAUAUGAGCUGCAUGGUUUAGAUGAUUCUGUUAAUGAUUUGGAGUCAUCAUCAACGUACGAGAACAUGGACUUGGAAAAUAUUGUAUUUCAGAAAGUAACAGAAGAAAUGGAAGCAAACAAGCAGCCCAGUCAACGGAACUCUUUUCACCUGCAUACGCCCAAAGCACUCUCUGGACUGGUUCAAGAUAUAGAGAUCCUUGCUGGUUCAAUAUCCAAUCGUGCUGGCAAAAGUGGAGAAACUUGUUCCAGCUUGGAUACCAGUGCAAGUGGAGCACGACACGCUGAUACUUCUGGGGAUAUGUUCCUGAGAACAACAAGCCAACUACAAGGCUUCUUCAUGGAACAGGCAGAUGCAAUUGAGAAGGAUGGUUGUUCAUUCCCCUUAAAUGGCUUUGAAGUUAUCUUAAACCGCAUUAAAAAGUUGGCACCUGAGCUACACCGUGUACACUUCUUACAUUACUUGACUUGCCUUUAUCAUGACGAUUAUUUUGGUGCUUUGGAGAACCUCCGACGUUUUUUUGAUUACAGUGUAGGGAUCGGUGGAUUUGAUAUUACUCCUGUACCUUCACGAUCGAAAGGAUUUGAGAGAUAUGAGACAGGACUGUUGUGUUUGGGAAUGCUGCAAUUCCACUUUGGGCAUCCAAAGCAAGCUUUGGAGGUUCUGACUGAAGCAGUCCGUGUUUCUCAACAGCAAAGUAAUGAUAGUUGUCUUGCAUACACUUUGGCCACCAUCUGCACCUUAUCUUCAGAAAUGGGUAGCUCCAGCACGAGUGGGAUGCUUGGAACAUCAUAUUCACCUACUGCUACCAUUGGCACAUCAUUGUAUUUCAAGCAACAAUUAUUCGUUCUCUUGAGAGAGGCUCUUAAAAGAGCUGAAAGUUUGAAGUUGAAAAGGCUGGUCGCUUCUAAUCGUCUGGCAAUGGCCAAGUUUGACUUAAUGAAUGUUCAGAGACCACUGCUAUCAUUUGGUCCCAAAGCAUCCAUGAAGCUUCGAACGUGUCCAGUCACGGUUUGUAAGGAACUGAGAUCAUGCUUGCAUUUGGUUAGUGAAUAUGGCUCUGAAAGCCCUACAAUGACAAUUGAAGGUGCUUUUAGCACAGCAUGGCUUAACAAUUUAAGAAGACCAAUGGGUGCAUCAGUGUUGUCCCUAGACAAUGGAGUUGGGGAGGGUUCUAAUGCCUUUCAAUUCUGUGCUCAACCAAGUUCAAUUCCCAGAUCUGUUUUGCAAUUAGUAGGUUCUUCAUACUUGGUUCGUGCUACUGCUUGGGAGAUAUAUGGAAGUGCUUCCCUUGCUCGGGUGAACUCAUUGGUCUUUGCAACUUGUUAUCUUGAUGCUUCAAGUUCGUCAGAUGCAGCAUUGGUGCAUGCAAAGCUGAUCCAGCACUUAGCAACGUUUCAAGGAUAUAAAGAUGCUUUCUCUGCUCUCAAAGUAGCUGAGCAGAAGUUCUUAUCCAUCUCAAGACCAGUAAUUUUGCUACUUAAACUGCAGCUGCUCCAUGAGCGUGCUUUGCAUAGAGGAAAUCUGAAGUUAGCAUUACAACUGUGUAAUGAGCUUGGAGUAUUAGCAUCGCCUUUCAAUGGUGUUGAUAAUCAGCUGAAAAUUGAAGCAAGCAUGCGCCAUGCCCGGACAUUGCUUGCAGCCAAACAGUACAGACAGGCAUCAGAAGUUGCUCAGUCUCUCUUCUGCUUGUGCUACCAAUUCAACUUGCAGGUUGAGAAUGCUAGUGUUCUUCUUCUGCUGGCUGAGAUUCACAAGAAAUCAGGAAAUGCUGUUUUAGGCCUUCCAUAUGCACUUGCAAGCCUCUCAUUUUGUCAGUCGUUUAACUUGGAUCUCCUAGAAGCAUCAGCCAAAGUGACUUUGGCAGAGCUGUGGCUGUCACUGGGAACAAACCAUGCAAAAAGGGCUCUAACUCUGCUACACGGAGCUUUUCCAAUGGUACUUGGUCAUGGUGGCCUGGAGCUCCGUGCUAGGGCUCGGCUUAUUGAAGCACAAUGCUAUUUAUGCGAGCCAAACUAUUCAGCGGUCGAGGACUCCGAGAUUGUGCUAGAUGCUCUGAAGCAGGCUUCAGAUGAAUUUCAAGUAUUGGAGUACCACGAAAUGGCAGCAGAAGCUUUCUACUUGAUGGCUAUGGUUUACAACAAACUGGGACGACUGGAGGAAAGAGAAGAAGCUUCAGAUUCUUUCAAGAAACACAUACUGGCUCUUGAGAAUCCUCAGGAGGAAGAAGAAGAAGAAGAUGAACCCGUAUCGGAAAUGCUUGUAGAGAAAAACUAACUGUAGAAGCUCUCGACAGUGUCGGGGUUUUGUAUCCUUCUAUGGUUGUAGCUGCUAUUUCUUCGUAACAUGUUCAUUGCAACAAUAUAUGCUAACAGUUCGCUCGACUUGUAUAGCGUAAGUGCAUGAGACAUUGAUUGAGUGGCAGCUUUUGCAGUCGAUAGUAACUAUAGGUCAUCCAUUAAUGCCCAGUUCAGGUGGCAAUCGCAGGAUAGCGGGCCGUUUGCGAUCGGCCUGUAUUUCAAUACCCAUGUAUGGAUUUGACUGGGCCUGGGCCAUAUUUGAGUGGGGUGGGCGGAUACGUUCUUUUUUUUUAAAAUGUAACAUUUCGAUUUGUGUACAUCAAGGUUGUCAACCCGCGGGUUGACCCGGACCCGGUUGAGUUAGUGGGUCAAGGGUUAAUGGGUCACCCGUUUUAGCCCGGUUUAGCCCGGCAAUAUGGAAAGCGUCAUUAUAUUGUACUUAUCCUGAUAAAUUAUAUCAAAUCUC